AUGCCCGUCUCCACCCUCCGCGAAGCCAUCCAAGCCGAGACACAGAUUCUGCCCACCUCUCAGCACCUCUACCACAACGGCCGUCUGAUUCAGGAUGACAACAGCACGAUGGAGCAGCUGCAGAUUGCCGACGGUGAAAUGUUGGCGUUGCACGUGAGAGAUAUGCGAGGAAGCACCGGUGUGCCCGACCAAGGCAGGAGAGGACAAGGACAGCAGCAGCGUCGACGACCCGGCGGCCAAGACCCCGAGCUCAUCCGCCUCCAGAUCCUUGGCGACCCCAACCUGCGUGCGGAAGCUACCCGUCAGCAGCCUCAGCUCGCCGCCGCCCUCGAAGACCCCGCACGCUUCGCACAGCUGUUCAACGAUAGUUACGACCGGGAGCAACGCGAACGCGAGGAGAGGCAGAGGGAGAUUGCACGCCUGAACGAGGACCCGUUCGACAUUGAGGCGCAGGCCAAGAUUGAGGAGAUGAUUCGCCAAGAGAGGGUAAUGGAGAACCUGCAAAACGCCAUGGAGCACAAUCCUGAAGUCUUUGGGAGGGUCCACAUGCUGUAUGUGGAUGUCGAGGUCAACGGCCACAGGGUGAAGGCAUUGGUCGACUCCGGAGCCCAGGCCACCAUCAUGUCGCCGGCGUGCGCGGAAGCGUGUGGUAUCAUGCGUCUUGUGGACAAGCGCUUCGCAGGAGUGGCUCGUGGAGUCGGCACGGCCAACAUCAUCGGCCGCGUGCACUCUGCCCAGAUCAAGGUCGGAACGCUGUUCCUGCCCUGCAGCUUCACCGUCAUGGAGGGCAAGCAGGUGGAACUUCUGCUCGGCCUCGACAUGCUCAAGCGCUACCAGGCCAGCAUCGACCUCGCAAAGGACAAGCUCAUCAUUCAAGGCGAGGAGGUGCCCUUCCUAGGCGAGGCGGAGAUCCCGAAGGAGAGUGAGGAGGCACUCGAGGAAGAACCAAGACUACCCGGUCCUGCUGGCACAACCAUUGGCCAACGGUCUGGCGUUGUAAGCGGCCCGGCCGGUGGUGGCGCCUCCGCUCCUCAACCUCCUGCUCAACAGGGUGGCCCAGCGCCGGCGCAGUCUGCCGCCCCUACCUUCCCCGAGGAGCACAUUUCUCAGCUCAUGGCCCUGGGCUUUCCGAGAGAGGCAGCCGUCAACGCAUUGCAGGCCACAGGUGGCAAUGUCGAAUUUGCCGCGGGCCUCCUGUUUGGAGCAUAG